AUGACUGAUUUAUGGUAUGUAAAGGCAUUAAUUAAACUGGCGAUGGUCCUGAAGAGUUUUGAGAGUGUUUUAAAAUCAAUUGAAAUUCGAGGCUUGGAUUGCUAAAGAGGUAAAAACAAGACAUUGGGUUUGACAUUGGGUUUACCGUCUUCAGUUAUUAUAAAGAUUUGUUACUAACUAUUAUUUCAGUCCAGUUUAUGCUCCAUUUUUUGGAUCUAUUGGUUGUGCAGCUGCAAUUGUUUUUACAUGUUUUGGUGCUUCUUAUGGUACAGCUAAAUCAGGUGUUGGAAUUUGUGCUACAAGUGUAACAAGACCAGAUUUAUUAGUUAAAAAUGUUGUUCCAGUUGUUAUGGCUGGUAUUAUUGCAAUUUAUGGUUUGGUCGUUUCAGUCUUAGUUUCAGAUUCAUUAUCACAAAAACAAGCAUUAUAUACUGGUUUUAUUCAAUUAGGCGCUGGUUUAUCAGUUGGGUUAAGUGGGUUAGCUGCUGGUUUUGCAAUUGGUAUUGUUGGUGAUGCUGGUGUUAGAGGUACUGCUCAACAACCAAGAUUAUUCGUUGGUAUGAUUUUAAUUUUAAUUUUUGCUGAAGUUUUAGGUUUAUAUGGUUUAAUUGUUGCUUUAUUGUUAAAUUCAAGAGCUUCUCAAGAUGUUGUUUGUUAG